CCAACAUGAGGGACAAAGAGGAAGCAAACCAUUAGGAGGCGGAUCUAGGAAUGUGAUCGACCAAAUUCUCGCAGCUCGGGUCCAGUGGACUUCCCAGGGAGUGCGGACCUACGAGCAUGGCGGAAGGGGCCUUCGUGGAGGGCGACCAGCCGCCCAGGGACAAGGACCCCGAGGAGGACCAGCAGGAGCGAGUUCCGUCGCGGCUCGUCGAAGAACACGGCGACGAUGCGCUUCGGCAGCCGACGCCGCACGCGGAGCCCGCCACGCUGACCCUGCAGCCUUUCCACGAGGCGGCGCUCGACGAGGGCCUCAUGGUCAGGGAGCUGCUGAAGAAAGGCCGCCUCAAGAACCCCACGCUCACCGAGAAGGGGGCGCCACUGCUGCGGGAGGACAGGCGCCUGUCCGUGCUCCUGGAAGCCACGCAGAACAUCACGCUGCGCUACCAGCUGCGCGGCACGGUGCAGCAGCAGGCGGCGCUGUCCCCGGAGCCGAAGUCGCAGGAUGCAUCCGGAACACCCGUCGCGGCCAUCGCCGGCUCUCGCGAGAUGGCCCAGCUCGAGGAGACUGUGCGCAGCGUUCCACGGCAGGCCGACGCCUCUUGCUCCAGCCUGCCUACCGACGGUGCCACAACCGACGGGAUAGUCCAGAGGUCCCCUCCACCGGCGGCGAAUGCUACGAAGAGCGCGAUGACCUAUUCACCGUCGCAACUGGACGCCAGACGUGUCAAGUCGCGGCUCGCCGAACUAACCCUCAAGAAGUCGUGCCAGUUGCGCGCCGGCGACGGCGACGAAGUCUGUCGCAAGCUCUCGAAGAUUACGCAGAUCGUCACCGGCGGCUGCUGCGCAGAGCCGGCCACCACUCCGCAACCUCGUGAACACGACCCCCUUUCGUCACCGUCGCGACUCGAACGAGAAGCCCUCGCCGACCCGUCAAGUGAGGGGCCGACCGACGACCGCAUCCGGGACGUGCCGGUGCUCGAGGUCCUGGACAAGUGCGACCUGGUGGAACUGUCCUCAGGCACUAAACGGGCGCGCCGCCGAAUGCAGCGCUACUACGGGACCGACGCGGAAGUCACGGCCGACGUCGGAUCGUGCAGCAGCGACAGCGAGCGCAGCAUGGUCAAGCUGGACUUUUCUACGUUGCCGACAGAGGCGAGCGAGAUGGUCGCCGAGCGGCGAUGUGGGGCCGAGGUCUGCGACGAGCCAACACGCGCCGAGAAGUCGUCGACGUCGACGUCAUCGUGGUACUCGUUCGAUGCACCGUCUGCGGCCUCUCGCCAGUCGUCCGUCGUUCGAGCUGCGGCGUCGGCCAGCGAGUCCGCUGGCAGCUGGGCGAUUCGUCGGCAAGGAUCUCCAGCGUCCCCGGACGUGCCCAGAGAGCGCUUGAAAGCGUCCUCCCUAAUUCGCUUCUUUGAGGGAAUAAAUUAAAGACGUAUUA